AUGUGUCAAAGGGAUCUGGGUAAUAGCGCCAUCUGUGUAAUCGGAAUCUGGGACAAAAAACAAAAUGAACAACAACCAAUUAUUGUUAAAAGUGCUUUAGAUCUUCAAAGAUUAAAAUUAAAUAAAUUAAUGAGUAAUCCGGAUAAAGAAAUUCAAUUACCAGAAAAACCAAAGUCCAAAAAUGUCCCAACGGUCCCAGAAUUUGUGCGUAAUGUAAUGGGAAGUAGCGCAGGAGCUGGCAGUGGUGAAUUUCAUGUUUACAGACACCUUAGAAGAAAAGAAUAUGCUCGACAAAAAUUUAUUCAAGAAAAAAGUGGUCAGGAGCUCCUUGAUUUGAAAUACCAACAGAAGCUUGAAGAAAAUAAAUUAAAAGCGGAAGAAGCGACUGCAAAAAAAAGGGAGAAAAGAUUGAAGCGAAAAAAGAAAGCCAAGGAUACAAAAUCAAAGAAGUUUCAUGUCGAGGAGGAACAAAAAAAGGACAAUGAUGAUAGUGAUGAUGCGAGUGGUGGGGGUAGUGAUAAUGAAGCGGAAGAAAAAGAUAAAGAGACUGAUUAGAUCAUAAUUUAAUUUUUAAUAUUAGAAGAUAUAUUUUCUUAGGUUAAAUGUUUACUGUUGAAUAUUUA